AUGAAGUUCAACGUCAUCAUCAUGGCUCUGCCCGCCACAGUCCUCGCCGUCAACCUCGAGCCCCGCCAGACCGUUCACACUGCCCUCCUAGCCUGGCCUCCCACGGGCACCCAGGCCUUUGAGACCGCGUGCUCCAGCGCGCUCAACAUCAUCGAGACGUCCCAGCCCCAGCUGCCGAGCGAGCUCAAGUCAAUCAUCAGUGCCGCCUCUGCCGGCACGGACCUCUGCAAGGCCUACACGCAGACGCCCGUCGUCCCCGAGUCGCUCUCGUCGACCUACAUCGCGGUCCUCAACGAGCAGAGGUCGUGGUCCACGGCGGCCGAAAACAAGAAGCUGGUUUCCGAGGCCAGCAAGGUCUGCUCCGAGGCCAGCGCGAGCUCGCUCGCCUCGUUUCAGGCUAUCGACCGCUCUUGCGUCGCGGCCAGCGCCACCGCCAUGUCCUCGGCUGCCACCACGGGGGGAGUGGCCGUCGUGUCCGCCAGGAGCACGGGGGUCUCCGCCAGUAGUGCGGUGCCCAUUGCUACGGCUGGAGCCGGGCGUGGUGAGGUCGGGGUCAUCCUUGUCGGUGGUGCCGUCCUUCUCGCAGGGAUGUUGAUGUGA